UCCACCUCCAUCGCCCGUCGCCUCAGCCAAGAUGGCCCUCUCAUCAGUUUUCAGGAGAGUAAACAUCAAAGAACUGAUCUCAAAUGUUCCAGUGUACACUAGCUCAACAGAGACAUCUGGAGGAAUGAGCUUGGUGUUUAGGCGUUGGGCCACAAAAAAGACUGCUGGGUCAACGAAAAAUGGCCGCGACUCUAACCCCAAGUAUCUGGGUGUUAAGAAAUUUGGUGGAGAGAAAGUGGAACCAGGAAACAUCAUCGUACGACAAAGAGGAACCCGCUUCCAUCCUGGGAACUAUGUUGGCAUGGGGAAGGAUCACACUAUCUUCUCUCUGAAGGAAGGCCAUGUGCGGUUCGAGCGGAAUAAGCUGACUGGCAGGAAAUGGAUUCAUGUUGAACCUGUAGCUGGGCACACUCUCCACCCUGUUUACGCCAAUGGUUCAGCCACUGCAGCUGACAUGGAGCUACUGUAGUGUUGAUGUGUGCGUGGGUUGCAGUGACAAGUUGCUGAUAGCCUACUGGGCAUGGCUCUGCUGUUUUGCUCCGACAUGGAUACCUUCCAUAAAUCAACUUGUUCUAGUGAAAAUGUUUCUGGGCUAGGAUGAUUGCAAUAAGUAACUUCAGUGUGUUUCUGAUGUCAUUUUAAGUAUCCAUUCUGCACGAGACAUUGAAGGUUCACUUGUGUAA